AUGGCGAGCUCCGUGAACGUCUGCAGCUUCUUCUUCGAGCCCGUGCUCGACGCGGACGCGCCGCCGCCGCCUGAGCCCGCGCCCGAGGACCCGAACGCGCCCAAGAAGCGCGGCCGCAAGAAGCGCGCGCCUCUGGGGGGCGGCGCCAACCGCCACCUCUGCCGUCUGUGCCAAAACGUGUACACGCAGGCGGCCAGCACGGGCUACACGAACCUCUUGACGCACCUGCGCAUCAAGCACCCGACGUGGGAGGACAUGUUCCGCGCGCAGCAGCUGGAACCGGCUACUGUAACAAUAACCACCUCGGCGCCGACCAAUGCGGACGCGACCACGUCACCGGAAGCCACGUUAUCGGCAACUUCAACUACAAGUGUCCUCAAGGUGCGACAGACCGCGGGUCGCAAGCGCGGACCAGUUUACGAGCACUUUGAGGACGUCCCGGCGUCCCCCGGCACCAAGCACAAGAAGAUGCGCUGCCUGUACUGCCACGAGGACUCGCCGCAGAUCAGCGGACGUCUGAAGCUGCACUUG